UUAGGCCUAAGCCUAGAUAAUUUCCUUGAAGCCAGGCAAAUGUCAACACUACUGUUAAUAAAAUAUUCAAAACUGAAACUAGCUUGUCUGCAACUGGGAUAGUUAAUUGACGUGUAACAUAUUUAUUUAGUCUCAUGCAUCUAACCAAAAACAAAAUUUUUUUCGUAUUUAGAUUUGAUAAUAUGAUAGAAUUAGUAAGCAAACGCUGAAACAGGCCGAAUAAAAAAAUUAUAAUUUUGUAUUUCAAAUUUGGAGAGUAGUCGUCGAUCUUACCCAGUUGUAAUGUCAGGUGCUCGCAGUCGCAGCCCUGUAUCACACAAAAAAAAGCACCAAGGAAAAGCCAAGAAUAACUCUGUAUCUGCCAGUAACAAGACAAUAAGACGCCAAAAUUCAGAUGAAGAAGAACGGAUAAUACAGAUUAUAAAGUCCUUGCCACAACCAGUAAAGACUCUUGAUAUAGCUAAAAAGCUUGGAUACAAAACAAAAAAAGAAAUCAAUCCAACGCUGUAUAAAAUGCAAAAAAGGGGUAUGCUGUAUUUAUACAGUCCGGAGCCACCUAUGUGGUGUUUGAGUAAUCAAGACCAACACUAUGGUCUACCUCCACCUGUGUAUAAUCAACCAUAUAUCUCCCAUCAGCCUGGUACAUUUUUUAACAGCCAAACAGCUGAUCCGUAUUUUCAACCAAAUUUUGUUUCUCAAAAUAUGCCAAAUUGGCAUUCAAAUAAUCAGCAGUAUCCAAAUCAGAUUGGUAACAGACCAAACUUUUACUCUCAACCAAACGGUGCCCAUGGGCCUCCUUAUGAGCCUGCAGCUUACCCACGUGAACCAAGGAGGCAUCUGCUACAUCAUAACAGUGAUAGAAGUCGUGGACGAGGUAGAGGACAAUUCAGGGAACCACCCAGGGGCAACCCUAGAGGAGGUAUGAGGGAACCUGAUAGAUAUCAUCAUCAAAUACCCUCACAAGAUAGAAGACCAGGUACAACAAUAAACCAGGAGCCACCCGGGGCAUAUCCACAUCCAUUCAAACAGCGAGGACGUGGAAAAAGGCCAUUCCCGAGCCAUUCUGAAAAUUUCAACAACCAACGUCCGCAGCCUGAUCAAGCAGCUGUACAAAGCACAGCAGUUAAAACUGAACCCCAGAUCCACCAGGGUUGUGACAAUGAAAACAAUGAUCUGCCUGGUCCACAAUCUGCUAACAAACCUGAUGUUUCAACAAAUUCAUCUGAUGAUGCCACUCUAGAACAUGCCACUCUAGAACAUGCCACUGCAGGUCAAGAUGAUGACAUGUACCCAACAUCUGAGUCUGAAGAUGAUCAGGAAGAUCUCCAAAGUAGAAUUGCCGAUGUUGUGUUUUUUAACCAGGAUCAAGAAUUUUUCGAGUAUUCGGAUUAUUACAAUGGAGAAGAAGACAAUUAUAAAGAGGAUGAGGAAUUUUAUGAAGAUUCGGAUUAUAAUACUGAAAGUGGUCUUCAGAUGACGAAGGAAGAAUCAGAGGAUAUCACUAAAGUUUUGUUAGAAAUUGAUAAGACGCUUCAUUGUACAGACUCAAAACUUAGCCAACAAUUAUCUGUUUCUGUAAUAAAAUUGAAAGAAAUUCUGAACAAGUGUUUAUCUCUAGGCUUAGUGAACUGUGAUACAGUAAAUGUUUAUAAGGUCACAAAUAAAGGAAUGGAUUACCUUAGAGAGAAGGGAUUUGUGAAAGUAAGUGAAUCUAAAAACAUGAACAGGCCGCCAAGCCCGGCGCAACUAAUUCAAAAUUCUUUAUUUAGUGGGAAUUCUACAGGUGUGACAAAAACAAUAGGUUAUGGAAGAGGAAAUUCUCUACAGUCAGAAGACAAACCUGUUGGCAUAAUGCCUUGGAUGCAGCAACCAUCUCCGGCUUCUCUACGAUCUUCCUCUUCAGUGCCCUCAUCGCUCUCGCUCGGCUCUACUUCAGCUACAUCACAACAGACACAGAGCAUGUCGUCGUCUAAUUCAUCAACUCUGACACUAGGCCAACAGCUCCUGAGGGACAAGAAGACAAUGCUGCCAGAGAUGGAGUUCCUGGUCUUGCAGGAGAGUCAGCAGCCUGAGAGUCCUGGAGGGCAGGAGCCACAGCAGCAGAGGCGACCCCCUCUACUCAGCACUCCGUCCUAUAGAGGCUCAUGCCCGAACAUGCCAUCUCUGUUGAAUUCUAUGACAUCCUCUAGCAAACCUUCUUUCAUGCAGACAGGCUUGCAAAUGAACUCUGCACCUGCCAAGCUGCAGAUUACAGCGGAAAGUUUUGCAGCUCUCAAUAAAAACCCCAUCUCGGCUUUCAUGGAAUACGCACAGUCUCGCCAUCUGUCAGCCAGCAUAGACUCUGUUGAGCAGCAUGGACCAUCCCACAAACCUGUGUUUGUAUUUGCUGCGAGGCUUGGAAACCGCAUCUUUCCUUACAUAUCCAGCAGCAACAAAAAAGAUGGCAGGAAGGAGGCAGCGGAGCAGGCCGUCAGGAUCCUAAUAGCCGAGGGCCAGUAUCAUUUACCUCAGCAGAUAAGUGUGAUGAAAAUGCCAGAGGCCAACAUGACAAUCCAUGACAAAAUAGCAGCCAAAGUUCACCAGACCUACAACCAGCUGAUUGCCACUGUGCCAGAGAGCUUUCCUGGCAGGAAGGUCAUAGCUGGCAUUGUGAUGGAGAUUGACAGUAUAGACACCAGUAAAGUGGUCUCCUUGGGCUCAGGUAACCGUUGCAUCACAGGAGACAAGCUGAGCCAAGAAGGAAAUACUGUCAAUGACUGUCAUGCUGAAAUCAUCACAAGAAGGGGCCUAAUGAGCUUCCUGUGGGAUGCAAUCAUUUCUUACCAAGAAGACAAAGACCAGUCUAUAUUUGAGCAGUCCUCCAAUGGCAAGCUAAGGGUGAAGAAAAAUGUCAAUUUUCACCUGUACAUAUCUACUGCACCAUGUGGUGAUGGUGCACUGUUUUCUCCCAGAGAUGUGAAGUCUAACAAUACACCAGUGCCUGAUGGAAAUAAACAUUGCCCCAUAUAUACCAACAAUGCUCAUGGUGUUCUCAGAACCAAAAUGGAGGGAGGUGAAGGAACAAUUCCCAUUGAGCCCAACUAUAAGGAACAGGCAUGGGAUGGGCUGAUAACAGGAGAGCGGCUGCGCACCAUGUCCUGCAGUGAUAAAAUCUGCCGAUGGAAUGUUCUAGGCCUGCAGGGGGCGCUUCUUUCCCUUUUCCUUGAUCCAGUUUAUCUUAGCUCCAUAACACUAGGUUAUUUAUUUGACCAAUCCCAUCUGUCUCGAGCCGUCUGCUGCCGAUUGGACCGCGGUCAGCCAGAGCUGAGAAGAAGUGUCCCCGAGCCUUACACCCUCAACCACCCAAUCCUGGGUCGUGUAACAGCAUGUGAUCCCCCUAGAGAAACCCAGAAAACAAAGUCCUACAGCAUCAACUGGAGGUUAGGGGAGGACAGGCCUGAAGUCUUGGAUGGGAGUCUCGGUAUCUGUUAUUCAGCCCUAGAACAGAGAAUGUUUUCUCGCUUAUCCAAGAGAAACAUGUUCGAUAAAUUCAAGAAAGCCUGCAAUGUUUACAAUCGAAGAGACCUCCAAGGAAUGACAUACUACCACACCAAGAGAAAGAGCACGCAGUUCCUGAGAGCUAAGGAAGUCAUGUUUGAGAAGUUCAAGUCCAGUGGCUGCGGAAAGUGGAUCAGCAAACCACCAGAGGAGGAAAUGUUUUCCUAAUCUUCGUUCAACAAUGAGAAAAUGAAACGGUGGAUUAGGCUGCAUACAAUCAGCACUGCGGGGGUUAAAAUACGCCAGUUUAAAACAGCUGCGUGUCAAAUACUGCGUUUUAUUACCGAAAAAUUACAAAGGGAUUUAGAAUGCAAUAUGAUGAUAAUCUGGCUUUAUGCUGCAGAUUAUGGGUGAUCCUGAAAUUAAAUCAUAUUUGUUUUCUUAUCCGAAAUGCAUUGUAAUAAAAGCAUUUGGCCACUGGCUUAUAAGUACACUGACCUCCGACCUCAUAAGUACACAUCUAACCAAUGUUAUGAGGAAAAUGUUUGUUCCUGCGUAGAAGUAACUGCUUGUUAUUGUUUUAAAAAACAUUCCCAGACAGGACUAUUGAGACUGACAUUAAAGGCUUUUAACCCUUUAUCGGCUGACACUGAACGCUAGCACAUAUACACAUACUGUCAUCAUAUACACAUACUGUCAUAACUGGGUUAUCUUGCUACUAUCCCUGUUAUGGAAAGUGUUGCAAAUAUAUUACAAGAAGAAAUUUUUAUUUAUAGCAUUUAUUUGAUACUGUAUUUAAUUUUACAUAUUUAUUUUUAAAUGCAACUAUGGAUACAAUUUAAACCUACUUGAGUAUAUUUUAAGAUUUCGGUUUAUAAAUAUAUAUACAAUAAAUUAUACCAAUUUUUUCUACUUUUCAUCUUGUUUUUUAAAUGGUGGUUUUUAU